AUGGCGGGUAUGCCCAGGCGCUUCAGUUUCCAGGAGCUUGAAGAAGUCACAGGGAAGUUCAGCAACUGCCUCGGGAAUGGGGGAUUCGGAAACGUUUUCAAAGGAUUACUUGCCGAUGGCACUGAAGUUGCUGUGAAGAAGCUCGAAGGCUCGAACCACAGAAGUAAGGACUUUUUUGCGGAAGUUGGAAUUCUAGCCAGGACGCACCACUGGAACCUCGUCAAGCUGCUGGGAUUCUGUGCGCAAGGGCCCAGGAAAAGGCUCCUUGUGUACCAGUAUAUGAAGAAUGGCUCCCUAGAGCGGUGGAUAUUUGAAGACGACAGAAUUCCUGGGAAUAUUUCGUGGAAACUUAGAUUCAACAUCCCAAUAGGCACAGCGAGAGGAUUGAACUACUUACGUGUUGAAAGGAUAAUCCACCUGGAUCUGAAGCCGGAGAACGUACUCCUCGACGAUGGUUUCCAGCCGAAGAUAGCAGACUUCGGAUUGUCCAAGCUCAUGAACAGGAAGGAAAGCCAGUUGCAGCUGACGAUUACGAGAGGCACCCCUGGCUACGUUGCACCGGAGUGUAUUCAGGAAGGAACGGUGACUGAAAAAACAGAUGUUUUCGGCUUCGGGGUUCUGCUGCUCGAGAUCAUAACAGGCUGCAAGAACAGGAACCUCUCAGGCGAUUACCUGAAGGACUACUUGUUGGUUAGUAACAGAAACGGUAGUGCCGCUGCUCACCUCUCUGAAGAAGAGAACGAAAAGGAAAGAUUGAAGAAUGUUGCGGCGUUGUGUGUUCGAGACGAUCCAAACUUACGGCCCUCGAUGAGCAAGGUUAUACAGAUGAUGGAAGGAGUUACCGAGCUGCUUCAAGUACCUUUGGAAUCGGAGCUGAAUUUCUUUUUCGCUUACAGACCCAAAGAUCAGCUUAGCAGAACCGCAGCCUCGAACGUGAAUUAUAGGAGUUCUGAUAAGUUGCUGAACUCAUCUUCCUCGUUUACUGCCUUCUCACAAUCUAGCCUGAAUGCCCGAUGA